AUGCCGCAUAUCGACAGCUACUUGAGCAGCAGCGACGUAAAAAAGGCUCUCGGCGUGGCUGGUAGUAUCCAUUUCAAGGGGUUUUCCUUCGACGUCUUCAAUCGAUGGGAGGAAAUUGGCGACCUGUGGAAGUCCAGCGCAGAAUACAUGAACUAUCUUUUAGAUGAGGGCAUCCGUGUUCUCAUCUAUGUCGGCGACAAAGACUUCUACUGCAAUGCUCCUGGCAUGCGUAGGCUCGUUAACGAGGGACUCAACUGGCACGGGCAUCCGUUCUUCCGCUUUCGUGAGCUUGUGCCGUGGUACUACGAGGCCAGGCGUGUCGGUCGGUGGAAAGCGUACGAUCAACUGACAUAUGCCGAGAUCUUUGACUCUGGCCAUCUUGCGCCGUUUGACUUGCCCGCCGAGCUUAUCGUAAUUCCGCUUUUGGGCAACAUCCUGCGCAAAAUGUCACGCCUCAUGGGUGAAGUAAUGAGUGCGAAGGACGUUCGGGUAGAGCUCAUCAGUCAGGUUGUGCGGCAGAUCAAGCAGAUCGAGCUGGCCGUGCUACAACCAGUUUUCCGCGAAAAGCUGGCCACAGCCAGGGACGAGGAGCUGAUGCGGCUGGCGAAAGUUGGAAAAUUCAACGCAGCCAUGGUUUUCACUACAGACAUUCGCGUUCCUCAGGGCGGUGCGUUGACAAGCAAUGUCAUUUUCCCGGCGCUCGCAUCCUUCUUCACCAUCACGAGGUCUCUGGCAAUGUUUCCUACCAUCAGCAUGCGCUAUCAGGCUUGCCAGGUCUCCUUUGACCGCGUGCGACACUUCCUAUCUACAGAUGAGGCGGACGGCGGCAAGGCUCGGGACCAGUUUCAAUCCCAGGUUGAGCGUGAAUCCCAUACUGAGUCUCGACUAGGCAGGGUUUCUAUUGGAUCGUAA